AUGAGCAGCUACUCAAGACGAAACGAUGCUAACGAAAGCUACCUAAUGAACUCCCAACUCGUCCCCGGCGUACCCUACAACCACCCGGAGACCCACGAUUUCAAUUCCUCAGCAGCUUCAUACCACUUCCCACCGCAAUCCUUCGCCAAUCCCUACAACGCAGCCUCCCAAUUCGCCAGCGCCGGUGGUCCAGCAUACGGCCAACAGCCAACCCUAACCGCGCAGGGAAUGCAACAUCUGCAAUAUGCCUCGGAUCAUACGAUCCCGUCUAUGUCCACGAACGAAGAUAUGAAAUUUCACCACCCGCAUGGGCAUGGACAUGGGCAUGGGCACACGCAUUCGCACUCGCAUUCGCAUUCGCAGUACAUGGCGGCUCAAUCGCGGUAUAUGCAGUCGCCGCGGUAUUUGCCGCUUCGUGAGGCGUUCGAGACUGAGAUUGAGAAUCAGGAAUCUAGGAAUGAGGGGACGAUGCUUUCUGAGGCGGUUAUUCCGGCUUUGGAUGGGUUUCCGGAUGUUAAGGAGUUUGAUCAGUUGAUGCAAAGCUAUGUCGAUGAUCUCUCUGUGAAAAAGCAAGACAAGGCUUUGAUUCACGCCAAACGAGCACGGAAUAUUCGAACUGUUUUGAUUGAUCCUAAAGAUACUGCUGUUGAAUCUGCUCAGUUUCGAUUCUGGGUUAAAAAGAUGUUCAAGCUUACGACUGUGGGUGUGGGUACGACUGAGUGCCGGAAAAUGAUCUGCCAUGAAGGCAAGCCCGUUGCAAUUCGUGAGAAAUUGUUUAAAAUCCUCACUAAAGCUCAUCAACAAUGUCAACACGGCGGACGGGAUAAGACCUCUGCUCAGGUCCGGCGGAUUUAUUCUUGGGUUCCCAAAGAACUAAUAUCCCGCUUCGUCAAAAUCUGCCCAACCUGUCAAGUCCGCCGCGGAGGCUCACGCCUAACACCGCCAAACUCCCGCCGAGGUUCACCAAGACUAGAAAUGAUGCCUCGAUCAUCGCCAAAGUUGCCCUCGCCACCGAUCUCGCGCCGCGAAUCGAAUUUCGGCACUCAGGUCGCCCUUGAUCGGGCUCAGUCGGAUUACUUCACCCAGCAGAUGCAUAAUGGUGGUGGUGGGUGGUCAAUGGAUCAUCAGCAGCAUCAGGGUUUACAGGGACGAGGCAGCACGACAGGAGGAGGAGGAGGACUGCACCAUCGCCCUUAUCAUGGGAUGCCGCAUUCGAUUGCGGGGACUUUGGACCCUUUCUCGCCUGAUAUGUCGGUUCCGCCGUCUCAGUUGACGUACGGUGGGGGAUAUGUCUCGGCGGCUCAUGGUACGCACGACACAAAAGGGGUUUUUGAAUUGAAGCUCGGAAAGAACCGACACAGUCAAUACCCAAUUACCUAG